AGACGAGACAGGAGCUGGCAGAGAAGAACACAGGAACUCCGGACGGCUCUCUGCCAUCGGAGCAACUCACCUGGGACAGAUCUAAUCUACGGAGGCAAGAAGAGACAAUUUCCUUUGAAGAUCUGCCUUCCAGGAGGACCAUGCAUAGAUGAGGAAUUCAUUACUGUCUUCCCGUUUCCUCCUUGCCUUCUCGGAGUGGUGUUUUUGUAGACGCUGAGAACAGAAGGACAGCGGCCUCCGGGACUGAUCCUGCCCAGCCGAUCGCCAAGCCAGCUGCUGGAAGCCGGGAGGCAGGACGCGCCCCUUCUCCGGGCUCCCCCAGUGGUAUGUGACUUGUGGACCUCUCCGUGGUCCUGAGAAGAGGCGAGCAGCCCUGAGCACCAUGCCGGUGGAGACCCUUCAGGCCGGCCACCCGCUGAAAGGGGUUUCGGCGGUGGGACCCUUCACCUCGGCCAUGCCCUUCCGCAUCCUCAACAAGGGCCCCGAGUAUUUCCGACGGCAGGCAGCAGCCCCCGGUGCCGCCAAGAAGCCCAGCGCCGUGGAAAGGUUGGAGGCCGAUAAAGCCAAGUAUGUGAAGAGCCUGCAGGUGGCCACUACCAAGCAGGAACCGGUGAAGCCGUACUUCUUCAAGCAGCCCCUCUUUGCGCCAGGGGUGCGGCGGGUGAUGCUCACCCCCAGCCGCAAGACCCCGCAGGGAGGGCGCCGGGCCGACGUCUGCGCUGCCAAAACCUCCUUGAAUUUGGAGAUACUCAACAAUCUGAUCAACUUUUGCGACAGCCCCCUCUCGUUUCCCAAACCGGACAGCCCCCUGGAGCAUAAGUGGAUGCCGGAGCCCUACGCCACGGCCCCCGGCAGCUUGCCGGCCACCCCGAGGAAGAAGGGCCCUGUGGAAGGCCUGAGCAAGCUCUCCCAAAGCUCGGCCUCCUCCAAGCCUCCUAGCACGGUGGCCGUGCGCAGGGUGGACGUCCGGCCGUGCGCAGCACUGCGUUCAAGAAUGACCCCGACAAUCCAGCUGACUCCAGUUCCCACAUCUCCUGCCCAUGCCAGGAUCCCGUCUGCCAGCUCCCUGAACUCCCCAAGUCCCUUUGGAGAGUUGCGCCCGGAUAGCGCUAAGCGCCAGACCCUGUUGCACCGGUCCAAAUCAGACCUGAGCGACCGAUAUUCACGGGCCACGGCUGACUUGGAGCGUUUCUUCAACUACUGUGGCCUGGACCCCGAGGAGGUGGGGGACAUGGAAGUGGAACGUUUCACGCGGGCCAGCUCCGACAUUGUGUCCGUCAAGUUCCACAGCGUCAGCACGGCUAGCUCGGAGGGGACCCAAUCCCGGCGCAGCGCCAUCACCUUGGAGGAGAAGCAGGUGGAGCGCAUGCCGUAUGGCGUCUCCAUCAUCGAGCGCAAUGCCCGUGUCAUCAAGUGGCUGUACGGGCUCCGGCAAGCGAGGGAACCCCAAAAGGUAUCCAAUGUAUAAUGGCACUUCUGCGGACUCCGACAAGGAAAAACCGAACUUUGUUGUCCUUUUGUACGUUUUGGUAUUUUACACUUGGUGGGAAGCUUUGCUACUGUUGCCUGGUUCUGUUGGUGUCCCCCUUGAGAAAUACCCAGCAUGCACAUGGUGGUGGUGAUGAAAUUGUUCUAUUGAGGCGUCCUUUAGUCAUUUUGGCCUUUCCUUCCUUUAGGGGGAAGAAAAUCCACUUGCAGAUAAGACUAUUUGAGCAUAUUCCACUGUAACAUUUGGUGCUAAUGGGAUUCAUUCAAGAAGUUCUCCCAGGGGCAGAAGUUCAGGAGAACCCAUCCCAUAGAAUCUCUAGCUUUCUCCAGGGUGAUAAGGCGGGCAUGAGCAGGGUUCUAGAUUUUACUUGUUAAUUUUAUCCCUGGGAGAAUGAAACGGAGAACCAUUUUUCAGUCAAGUUGCUCCUGUGGCCUGUGAGCAUCAGGAGAGGCCCACUGAAUAGAGAGAGGGGAGGACUCAAUCCAAUCCAAGCCACUAUGGUCAAGCAGGUAUGGGGGUACCUUGCUUGGGGUGCCAGAAUACCUUGAACUGGCUCAUGCCCCCUAAAAAUAAGGGCUUUGUUGCCGGCAUCUACCAGAUUCCCAAUGCGGUCGAGGUAGAGCCGCUGUUUCAAGGUCUGGAUCACACACCUGUUUGCCUGCUUUGUCCUGGGAAUCGGCUUUCAGAAUGUGUGUGGGGGAGGUGGGGAAUAAGCCUUAAGCAGAAGCAACAAUGAUCCAGGUAACAAUGGGGCAUCAUAUGGCUGAGAGAGCUGUAAAAGCUUAUUGUGUGAGAGAGGCCGAGGAAUGCAAACAGUAUUUGUGCGCGCCCGGGAAACACCUCCUGGGCUUGCCGCCCAGCCAAUCCCCAAGCAUCUGCCCUCUUUCGGAGGCAUUCUCCGCAGGGCGCUUUCCCAACAAAAGCCAAAUUGGGUAGCCCUUCCUAGUCCCGGCUGGAGCUGUCUGUUGCAAAGAGAGUUUUCAUGGCAGGCUGCUGUUUCACCAACGCCUUUGCAAGCCUGCUAUGGUGUUUGCAAGCUCUCCAUCUUUUUGAUAUCAUUGUGGUGUGUCAUACUCAGGCCAAGCUCUUUCCAUGGGAAGCACCCUGUUUGCGGAGGCAUAGCGGAUAAGGCAUUUUGCCACGAGUCCUCUCUCCUCUGUUUGGAUUUCUAGAGCUUCCUCUUGCUUGGCAAACUCUCGAUCCCAGGUUUGCCAAGCAAACUCCCUGCCGGAGUGGUUCACCUGGGGGGAAGAGGGCUUCCGCACGUGCCGACACCUGGACUAUCCAAAAUCAUCUGCAGAGGUCUCUUUGCUUUCUGCAUGCCUCUUUAGGAAGCCCAUUAAACCCAAUCUUUGCUCUCUCUAAAUCACUGAGGGAAAAUCAAAACUGCUGUUGACUGAAGCUCGCUUCAUGGCUGGAAAAGAAAAAUGAUUUUCUCCUCCAGUUUCCUGCCAGGAGUAUGGAGUACAAUAAAUCUCUUCCCCCUUCUCCAGCCCUUGAUAGAUGUAGCAGGUUUAUGUACUGCGUUUAACGGCUUCCUCUCCAGACCUCUCUGGUUGCGUUUUCCCCUGCCCUGUUGUUGGCAUUUCUCAACCUGAGCUUCGAACAAAUCUCGGUUUGUUCCUGUGAUUUUACAUGCUCUUCUUUAUGCUUUGUUCCCUGUUUGGCCAGCUAACCAAUCUUUCGCAAUGAUGGAGAUCCUUUGAUGCGAUGAAUGGCGUCUUGAAUCAUGUUUUCAGGUCAGCAGCAGUAUUUCCUUCAAUGUGGGUGGUAAUGCCUUCUACCACAAUGGGACUCCUCUAGUGUAAAGAAUGGCUGCAUUGAUCCUUCUGUGUGGUUUGGAGAGGGCUGGUGAGGAAUUGCAAUUAAACUCCAGAAUUACACUCAUCUUGUUUUGUUUGCAUUCGUUGCCUGAGACCCAGAGCGGAACAUAACACUCAGUGUACAGGUUUAUACAACUCUGCAUUAGGCUGGACAGAACAGAAUAUUGGUAGGACGUGAGCCGUGGAGGCAUCAAUCUACCUCUGUUGAGUGGCCCAGAUUUUCCUUUGUGUCUAUUGUGUAUGUGUGUUUGUGUGUGAGUGCACCUUCCUUUCUUUCUGUCCCCAAAUUCAGUGUGUGUUGCAAUGUCCAUUGCAUUUAAAAUACUUAUUAUUUAUAACGUUUCUUAACGGUUACUCUUUUGAAACUUGUAUCUUGACGGUCUGCCCAGAAGAAGGGGGCGGGGAUGAACCCUGUUGACUGGAUUUGUA